AACCGGUAGCAAUAGGUUAGAAAAGUGAAAACAACUCCUUGCCUAAUGGUACCUUAGUCUGAGUUUUGUUAGAUCCAGUAUAGGCUAUACUGUUCAUUUUUCAAAUCCAUAGUCAAGCUAUGGUAGUAAAGCAUUUUGGGCUUGUCCUCUAUGCCUGGAAGCAGUCACGUUUCAGCAGCCUACUGGAAAGAAACCUGUAACAAAAAUAGACCAAAGGGGCUAAAUUGCUAUUAUCUGACUAGACUAGUCCAUUUAUGUGCUAUUCUUAAAAAUGGCACUUAAAAUCAGUUUAAGGUUAUAUAUAUUUUUUGUUACACGUGUACACACCGUUUUACGGUAGUCUUUCACAGCAGCAAAAUCAGUUCAGCCAUAGCAAGAAGAAGCAUUUGCUGCACUCUACAGGGAUACGCAACCUGCUGUAACCACAUCGCUGGGAGGGGUUGACGGACCCGUUAGUUUGCUAUCUCCGCCUGCUCAUGAAACCUACGGAUAUGCCAAAGGAGGGAGCGGAGAUGACUGAAGAAACUGAGCAGAUGAUUGAGAAAAAUUGUGCAAAAGAACCAGAGAAUGUCGCGUCUCCGGGGGAUGCCAAAGAAAUGCGCGUCGUAGUGCUUACUAGCUUUGGGGGUCUCAACAAACUCCGGGUAACCAAGAAACCGAUGCCAGAUCCACAGGAAGGAGAAGUCAAAAUUCGCGUUAAAGCAUGUGGCUUGAACUUUCUGGACCUCAUGGUUCGACAAGGAAAUAUUGAUAAUCCUCCCAAGACUCCUCUUGUACCUGGUUUUGAAUGCUCAGGCAUUGUAGAGGCUCUGGGAGACAACACAACAGGAUUUGAGAUUGGCGACCGGGUCAUGGCAUUUGUGAAUUACAAUGCCUGGGCUGAGGUGGUCUGUACGCCACUGGAUUUUGUAUACAAGAUCCCCGAUGAUAUGACUUUCACUGAGGCCGCUGCCUUUUCCAUGAACUUUGUGGCCGCCUACAUGAUGUUGUUUGAAGUUGCCAACCUCCGAGAGGGCAUGUCAGUGUUGGUGCACUCAGCAGGAGGAGGUGUGGGUCAAGCUGUUGCUCAGCUCUGCUCAACUGUUCCCAACGUCACCUUGUUUGGCACUGCCUCACCCUGUAAACACGAGGCCAUCAAAGACUCGGUGACUCACCUGUUCGACAGAAACAUCGAUUAUGUGCCAGAAGUGAAAAAGAUCUCUCCAGAGGGGGUAGACAUUGUACUGGAUUGCUUAUGCGGAGAGAAUACUGGGAAAGGCCUGAGCCUUCUCAAGCCCCUGGGAACGUACAUCCUUUAUGGCUCAUCAAACAUGGUAACAGGAGAGACAAAAAGUUUCUUCAGCUUUGCCAAAUCUUGGUGGCAAGUGGAGAAGGUGAACCCCAUUAAGCUCUAUGAUGAGAACAAAGUCAUGGCUGGGUUCUCGCUCCUGAACCUCCUCUUUAAGCAGGGUGGAUGCAGCCAGGUGAAGAACGCGGUCCACAAACUCUUUUCCCUUUACAACGAGAAGAAGAUAAAACCUCUCGUAGACUCCCUAUGGGCACUGGAGGAGGUGAAAGAGGCUAUGCAGAGAAUCCAUGACCGAGGCAACAUAGGGAAACUCAUCCUGGAUGUGGAGAAGUCCCCCACACCUUUGAUGGCUAACGAUAGUACAGAGACCAGCGAGGCAGGUGAAGAGGAGGAGGAACACGAGGGUGACAAUGAAAACAAGGAGCGGAUGCCCUUUAUCCAGUAAGCCCUGAACGCUACGCUGGGGCCUAAGGAGAGCCGGAGGGACCAGAGGAACAGAGACUAUUCCAAGACCUGAGCUACGCACCCGUGAAUCCAUGCUGUUGUACAAUGUAUGAGUGUGUGUGUGUGUGUGUGUUUGUAUUGUAGUUGCAUUGUCGCCCAGUUUCAUCAACAUUUGACAUGUUAGAAGCAAAAGUAUGAUAAAUUUACAAAAAAGUGUAAAAUAAAAACAACCAACACAAGAAUUCUAACAAAAGUGCCAUUCUCCAAUGCAGUGUUGAAGUGUAUUAGUGUUGUGUUUGUGUGAUAAUCGGUUUCCUUGGUGUCUGGGAUGUGCACUGGUCGGGGUUUGGAAACACAUUUCUCAAUUAGAACCUGACAUAGGAUCUCACUGUUUGUUAAUGCAUCAUUGCAUUUUAGCAUUCACUUCCGUUGUGUGGCGUUUAGCAUUUGGCUUAAUCCACCCUGUAGUAGCAGUGCCUUUGUGUUGUCUUGGAGAUGUAUAUUUCCUUUUCCUUCUCCCUCAUUGUCAUUAGAACCCUUGAUUUACACAUCAUCCCCAGUAUACUGUAUGCUGUGUGGUAUUUGUGUCGUUAGAUGGGUUUUUUUUUUAGUUAUGUUAAAGGAUAACCUCCAGGCCUCACUCUUUUUUUGAGACUUAAAAUCUGAUUGUGGUGAUGAGUGAUUGACUUUGCACUGUUGCGUGUGUGUGUGUGAUGAGAUGUAAUGUUUACCGUACCGUCAGGUGCCUGUGCAUGUAGUGCCACACAGAAACGAACAGCUCCAUUUUCACAUCAUGAUAAGCUUGAAACCUGCUAGAACAUUCCUCUCACACAGAAAUCAGAAUAUCUUGAUCUAACAAGUCAGCUGUUCUAUUUGUGCCAGAAAUGCUUAUCUAUGCCCUGUGCAGAACACACAAACAACUCAAACUGAAGUUGUGUUUUAGUGUUAUUCAGUUAACAUUCAGUUUAUAUUGAGAACUCGAUAACGCGCAAACCUCCCAACCUCAUAGUCUUAACCUAGGUGUGUCUGGAUCACAGAGUGUGGUUUAGAUUUAUUCACCAAGUUCUAGAAUUACCUCAAGCAAGUAGAAUCACUAGAAGUGAUUAUACAUUUUGUUACAAAGGGUUCUACCUUUAAGUGAUGCAUUGGAACAUCAAAUCAGGAACAAUUUUAAAGACUUUCAAAUCACACUUCUGACAAACCACAUUUGUUUUCAACCAGUUACAGAUGAACUCAGACUUUUGAAGAGCAAAUGAAGAGCAGAACAUUAGUUGUCAAAAUAUGCUUUCAGGUACAAAAGUGCAGAUAAAUGAUCCAUGGAGAGUAUAUAGUGUCCCCCUUUGCUUUUGUGAAUUGCCGUAGUCAAAUUCUCUGUUUGUAUGUGUCUGAGUGUGAGAGCGAUGUUUUAUCUGAAUGGGUAAUCCAUUUGCCUUAAAAAAAAAAAUAAACAUUGAAAAAUAUUAGUCCUAUAUGGCUAUUCCAUAGGAAGUGUCAAGGUGCAGAUAGAUAAGAAAAUAUUCCCAAAUGUAUGUUAUUGUUGUGUUCUGCUCUACUUCUAUUGUUCGUAGGUACCCUGUCCUUUUCACCUUAAUAAAUGGAUCUGCAGAGCAAACAUGA